AUGAAGGACAGGAUAGAACUACCUGACUUGAACAUGAGUGCUGGCUCAAGUACCCAUCAACAGGCGAGACAACAAAUGGGAAACAUAAUUUCUCAUACAUCUGAAAGCAACAACGGUGGAAAUUACACCUUCAAACGAUGGGAUAACAUAACCAAAACUAUACGUGAAUGGGGGAAUACGUUCCAAUGGAGAGGUAGGGGCCAAAUGGAACCCACUGGAACACAAGGGGAUCUUAGACUCACUAAAACAACGGCGGAACAAACCGCAUGGCAUUCGCCUAUGUUAUCCAGAAUGGAAAGCUUCACGAGCUCCGGAGGCAAUAGUUACUCCGGAGAGGAAAAUGCAAUGUCUGGAAAUCAAUUGUAUACAAACGACAGAAAUAGUCAACCGGGGGAAGGUAUAAAUGAUGCCAACCAACAAUUAGAUAACUGUUGCACUGGAAACGAACAGUGUUACAUAUCAUAUGAUGAAUUCUCUAACGUAGCAGUUUGCGAAUGCAGUAUCUCCACGAGCGGAGGCAACCAAGUUUUUCGCAACCCAUCGAAUAACUACUAUGCAUCUGACUCAACAUGCGCAGGACCUUAUUGCUUAAUAGAUAGUGUCGACUCUAUGCCGAGAGAGCCAAUAUCUAAUAACUUCACUGGGGACAAAGAUCCUCAACCUGUAAGACAUGCCUCAAAUGAAGAAGAACAAAAACAAUGUGCUCAUUCAUUUGGAAUUUUGAGGAACAGUGAUAGUACUGAAACGCAUUAUCACGAAGAUUCACCAAUGUUUUCAGGAUACGACGAAGCGGAGGGAGGAAACAACACCUACUCGCAAUACCACACAGAAAGUGAUAUGGAAGAGUUAUUGACCCAAUGGGCAAAUGUUGAACUUAGUAGCCUCAUCGAUACUGUCUCUUGUGCCUUGUUAGUAACGGAAGAAAAACUAGUGAAGCUCGUAGAUCUCAUCACUCCUACCAAAGCGUGCAAGGCUAACAAGUUUUAUCUCUUCCAUGUUCUCAAAAGGUUUCUAAAAUACUGCCUAGGAGAUGAUACCCGAGUCUACCUUGCAGGAUCUACGGCGUAUAAUAUUGAUAUAGACUACUCGCACAUGCUUGGGUUGCCGGUUUACAGUGACAUGGAUUUGGAAAUAAUUUCUUUGAGACACUCUUCGAAUUCUCGGAAUAUUCUGAGGUAUAUUUAUGGCGCGUUCCUUCAAACACAGUCGGACCAACAUAGAACUGGCGUGGUAACGAACUGUGUAAUAGGUAAUUCAGUUUUUAAACUGGUGGAUUCAGCUAGGGUACCAAUUAUUAUCAUGAGGACGCAGAGAGGAGUAUUGUGUGACAUAUCGGCGAACACAUCCAACGCUAUAAGGCAUUGUCAAUAUUUCAAGAAAUAUAUGGAUAAUUGUCCUAUGCUUCGAUAUCUGAUGAGGAUUGUUAAGCAUUGGUUGAAGUUUAGGGGUAUCCCUGCGAUGAAAGCAGGAGGGUUUCCCACAGUAUUCUGGAUGCUAAUUUUCUGUGACACGAUUGACACAUCCAAAGCCUCUGACAUUGAGUUAAGUCUUGAGCCACACCUCAGAUCGCCGAUUUUCAAUUUUCUAAAUUUGCAUUACCUGGAUUCUGCCGGCGUGUCGCCCAGAGCAACCACCAUCUUAUCGGCCCUAGAGCAAUCGUUCAAAGUUCUCGGCGGUGGAACGCAUCUUAUGGAUUUGGUUAGUGCUGCUUCCUGUAGAGGGCGAUAUAACACGAUUAACAAGUUGACUGCCGAUUCCCAAUUACCAUUAGGAGAAAUAGGAACGAAACUGUUCAGUCUAAUUGAAAUGGAGCCUAAUGUACCCUAUGCCACAUGGAUCGUGUAUUAUUACGAGAUUAAUCGUGUUAUUGAAUCUUUUUCAAAAUUUGGGGAGCAAGUGGAGAUCCUGGUGUCGCUGAUUGUCUGUCUUCGUGCUCAUAUAACAUUCAGCAAAAUGUACAAUGUGAGUAGCAUGGCAGAUUUUACGGCACUUGUGGACAAUAUUUACCACACGUUUGGUUAUAGCUUUCACGAACUAUUGUCAGAGGGUACAUCGGUGACGGAUAAUGCGGAACUGUAUGUACAGCAGGUUGCCGAACAAUUCUUUAUCAAGGUUGAUUGCAAGUUUAUGGUUAAAUCUAUAAGAAAGCUCAUUAACCGUGUAGUUAAACAAAUGUCGGCAACCACAUUGGAAAUAUUCCAGCCGUCCUACGAGAGUGUAUACUCUAUUCCAGCGUGUAUAGAGCCGGCUAUUCCGUUAAAGAGAUCAAGAUCUAAUGAAAAAACGGAAGAUGGUGACGAUUUAUCGACGUUUAGCGGUACGAUGUGGAGAGACAGUGGUUGGUUCGUCGUUGCGAUAGGUACUAGGUUACACAUAGUGAAAGCUAUGAAGAUUUGUGUCGAUUGGGAUUCUUGGUGGUCUAAACAGUUCCUCAAUAGGCGCGACACUAAAGCUGUAUUACACGGUUUUGUGUACAAGAUAGUGAACAUUGGUGUAGAUGACUCUCCGGAUGGCCCUUGUGGAAAUGUGUCACCGCCGAACGUAUUGAUACGUAAAGGUGGUUUGAUUUUGUUUCAUCCGUGCGAUAUAGUAUCCCGCCUAUAUAUCAUCAAGGUGAUGAGGAUCGAGCAGAACAUCAGCCGGCAAUACUACAAUGGCGAUAUUUUCACCGGCUGUAAAGCGUUGUACGUCAUGCCGGGAUAUGAGGUUAUGCGUUUUGAUGGCCUGUGUCGUGUAUCUGAACAGCUUUCGGUGCACGAAACGAAUAGCGCCAUCACCCGUACCCAGUUGCCAAAACGUUGCAGCCAUUGUGGCUCUAUAGUACUUGGUGGUGCGCCCGUAACAAGAGAUACAAGAUUGUCAGAUAAGAGAAUACGAAAAUUACGCGAUCUACUCAAUUGUAAGCACUAUCGCGACUGCUAUAACCGUAUGGAGGCUAGUUUGUUUCGAGUGGAGCGAAGAAUACUUGGUCAAUCUAUUUAA